AUGGGCAAAGAUGAAAUUACUGCUCUUCUCUCAGUAAUACAUGCUCCAAGCAUAAGAUUUUUGCUCAUGACCACAGCCAUUGUAUUUUUCGUAACAUGUAAGAUAUGGUCACUAACAUACAAACCAAAUUGUUUAGUUUUAUGGAAAAACACUGAUUACUUCAAUGGAUCAUUCGUGGUUGGAUAGGUUGUUUUCAUUAAUAAUUCAUAUUGUUUACAAGAAAGCUGCAGAAUAAACUGGUAUGAAUAGCUUAUUUUGUUGUUGUAUUGUAUUAUUGAAAGAAUUCAAUUCACCACACAAUAUUAAAGAAUAUAGAGUAUGGUUAUAACUGGCAAAGGAUUAACUAUUGAUUUUUAACUUAAUUCCCCCCCGCCGCCGCUGAAUCAUUCUCACAACAAUAGAAAGGUGUUUUGUAACUAUGACGUUGUAAACAAAUAAGAAAAAUGUUUCAGUAUUUGUUUUCACUUCUUUUUUUCCUAGUAAUUUUUUCACUUAUCAGAUUUUAACA